GAAUUCGGAUACGUGCAUCAAUGAAUAAUGAAGACGACGACGAGCCAUGAACACCGGAUCGAAAGAAAAAUGAGACUGAAUAACAAUAAGCGGAAAAGGAGGGGGUGGAACGUGUAGAAAAAUAUGAGGGAGGUAAACGAGCGAAUGACUUGCAGUUCAAUUCGGGCACGUAGCAACAGCAAUAUAGUAAUAACGAGUAGACUGUAUGUAACCUUACAAAAUAGAGAAGGGGAAAAGGUUUCCCUUUUGCGGGAGGAGGUGUGUAGGCGGGUUAGAAGAAGAGGUGCGCCGGCGUAGUAUAGAUAAUAAAGAAAAUCUUCGAUGCCUAUGUGCGCGUACUUUUAUAGCUCCUGAAUAUGUGUGCAUGGCCUUUGGAGCCCAAAGUAACCCAAAGACACAAAAGGGAGAUCAUCGAUCGAGUACGACCUGACCCUUUGCAGAGAAAAGGCCACCAACGCCUCAGAACUCGCCGUGUUUGAUUUCUAUAUUUUUUGUGUCUUCCCCUCGAUAUUCGCCUCCAUUGUAAUUGUAAUUCGUAGGCCAGCAGUGUCAAACGCAAAGCAGAGCGGCUGCUUUUGGAUGCCGCGCAGCAAACCGAAGCUGGACCUAAGGGGCGUCGAGCGGCACGGGGGGGAGGGAGGUCGAAGCGAACAGCGACGGCGCUGAUUGUGUUUGAUAGAAAAGAUACCAUACACAGAGAGAGAGAGUUGAAAGGGAGAGAGGUAUCUUUUCGCUAGGGCCUGGACGCAAGGAACCCCCCGUUCGGAUUCAACAGCGCCACCUCAACCGAUUCGGGCGCAGCUAAACGUGGCCCUCUUCACACUAUCUCUCUCACUCUCUCUAUCGUUGGGCUUUGUUCCCCUCAUCUGCUGGAAACAAAAGGCUGUUUCCGAAUCAACGAACUUGUAUCAGGUAAAUCACUAAAGUGACUGAAGCAACAAAAAAAAAAGGGAGCUUGUCAGCGUGAGAGGGAGAGAGAGAGAGAGAAGGGCGAACGCUAUUUUAGAGAGAGGCAGAAAUUAGAAAACAUGUAGGAUCGAUUGCAGGCUUUUCCAAACCGUCAAGCUUCGUCCAGCUGGACGAUACUUGAUGACGCAGUCUUAUCUUCUUUGUGAUCUCUCAACCUUCCUGCAAAAAAAAAAGUACCUUUUUCUGUCUCUCUCACUGCUCAAGUUGACAUUGACGCGCACACACACAUACACACACGCACACACACAAACAAAACAAGAAAAACAAAUGCUGUGGAAAGCAGCACUGACGCGGCGUAUUAGCCGCAUGAUCUUCAAAUGCCGACUGAGUCUGACGAGUCCCGCUAGAACGACGCCAACAACGACGCGAAUCUCUAUCGGCAAAGGCAAUGGUAAACGGUCAGCUUUGGGAGCCUCGGGCGCUGCAUCGGUCGUGCGGGCCGACAACGUCUACCUGCUGGCCGUUUUUUUCGUCUUUUUCCUACUGGUGAUGAUUGUGGCUCAAGUGAUGGUGAUGCGGAGCGAGUUGUCUGCCAGCGUGGCCGGUAAAUCUCCUCGCUCUUUUCGGCCACGGUCGGCGCUGUCACAGUUGCCGUCGUCGUCGUCGUCGACAUCUUCAUUGUCCUCCAAACGCCAGACGAAGGAAUCGAAACGCCCGGUGGGCCCGUUCCGCUUCGGCCGUCAGCCUGCGCCUUUUGGCCGGGUACUGGCAGCCGAUCAUGCUGACCCGACUGCCGUCGUCGGCGACACGAACGCUUCUGCUGGCGGCCCGCUCCGUGGCCCAGCUAAUCUAAUUCAUGAACCUUCCAAUACUUUGACUGCAGGCGAGUGGCUCAAGCGCCUUCCGCAGGAGCAAAGUCGAGACGCUUGGGUCAACCAGCUUUGGUUUUGCUUCCAGGGACGUUCGGUCUGUCCGUGGCAGCCGGUGGCUGGACGCGAAAAGUGUUUUGUCUAUUCGGCCUACCUGGACGACACGGCCAGCAACAAUCCUGGCACUGGAACGGUACGAGUCAUUGGGGUGGCCAAGACGAAAAAACCGGAUCGUCUUUGGUGCCAGCUCGGAUGGGCGACCAACAGCACCGCAAACUGGAUUGCAGUUCCGGCUCAAAUUAAAGCAAUACGCGAGCACUGGAACUUGCGUUACAGCGCUGUUUUCAUCCUGUGUCCAUUGUCAUCGAAAAAUUGGCCAGCCAGUCAUCCCCGUUCGCAUCCAGAAUUCGUUUCCAUCUCAACCAGUGAGCAUCCAACCAUGCCGGAUCACGAUUUGCCCAUCCGAACGACAUCUACCAUGUCUGAAUUCAAUGCCACUCACGGUCACUGGGCAGAUUCACCGACUGGCAAUUUGCUGCCCAUUAUUCGAUAUUCAGAUGAUCCUGAAAUCCGGAAUAAUCCAAAACAUCAGCUGAGCGUCUGCGUCAAGCCGCUUCACUACAGUUUCAAUAGGGUUGAUCAGCUGAUAGAAUUCAUCGAGAUCCAUCGUCUCCUGGGCGUUUCUCAUUUCACCUUCUACAACCACACGGUGGGCGACAACUGCGAUUGUGUUCUCCGUCGCUAUAUUGAACAAGGUCUAGUGGAAGUUCUUCCAUGGAGCCAGCUCGAUGUUAUUUCACAAAAGGAGAUCCGCACGGAAGGAAUCUUCGCUUCGCUCAACGAUUGCCUCUAUAGGCACAUGUUUGAUAGCCAGUACUUGCUCAUGAUCGACCUGGACGAGUUGAUUGUGCCGCGCACUAAAUUCACGCUCACCGAGUUGAUUGCUUCCACGUUAUUGGCCAAUAACACUGUUGCCGGCGGUAUCCAUAGCAGCGCCAACAGUCAUAACGGCUACCAAAUUGGCGCUUACUAUUUCAGAAAUGCCUUUUUCUAUUUGUCGUGGCCCGAUGAUCCCGGCGUCCAUUCCGCAUGGAGCGCUACAGCUUCCAGCCGACAUCUGGAUUUGAUCAGUUUGCGCAAAACGAGACGCAACUUUAAACUUCAUCCUCACCGGAUACGAUCCAAAUACAUUUGCAGGCCUAGGGCUGUUGUCGAAGUCGGAAAUCAUUUUGUCUGGGAAUUUCGAGCAGGCAACGUAGCGGCUCACGUUCCCGAUUCGCUGGCGCUGAUGCAUCAUUACAGGACGUGCGAAUUUGGUGGUGACACUUGCCUAGCCAAUCCUUCCAUUCAGGACCGUUCGGCCUGGAAAUACGGCGACGCUCUAGUCAACGCUGUCCGUCGUAGAUUCGAACAAUUCGGGCAAUACUGUCCCACUCUUUUACCAUUUACUGCUAAUCAACAGCCACUGCGAACGUCGAUGGCCACCAUUGCUACAACUAUUGCUAAUGCUACUACAACUACUUCUACCUUGUCUCCAUUCUCCAGUUGACGCGCGCUUCUCCUCUGCUUUCCUUCCACUCCAUAAUCAUAUGUGAAGUUUCGUUGAUGAAUCCUCGAGGUUUUUCUUUUCUUUCUUUAGUGUCGGCUGCAGUAUGCGAGAAGACACGAUUUUUAUAUACGGGUCCAAAAACCUAAAAGAGGAGCACAAAAAAAAACGAAACUCAUAAGAUAUAUCAGUAAAUGGACGAAUUGAAAUAAAAACAAAAAAUGAAUUGUAAAAAAAAAAAAAAACACGUCAAACAGUAAAUCGUGGUGCUAAGAUGAUGACCCAACAAAAGAAAAUGUUUUCCAUGGAAAUAAACUUGCUUUAAAAGAC